AUGUUAAUGACGACGAUGCAAUCUGUUCUUGACGAGAUUUGUCUCCUUCUAGAAACCUAUAAAGGUAGAGACAAGAUUCUCCGAACGCUAAGUUAUGUUACCAAGCUGGUUGGUGGUUUGCACAACAAUGAGGAAAUUGCCAAGAAAUUGCUAAUUUUUAGCUCAAAAAUGUCAGGGGCUAGAGCUACCCUUCGAUUACUUGAUGACAUUCCAAUGAUACAGUACACUCUACAAUAUGGAUUGGGGAAAACAGAACCAGACAGACUGAUGGCACAACUAGGAGUCCUAUCGAACGUGAUCGACCAAGUGUAUUACCCUAUAGAGAAAAUAUCGUGGUUAGCCGAACAUAAGUUGAUAUCCGGAAUUGACAAUGACAAAUGGGACACGGCAAGUUCCGUCUGUUGGGUGUUGUCCAUUUAUUUGACAUUGAUUAAGACUUUCAGGUAUAUUACAGUACUUGAAAAACACAAGGGUUGUGUCUCCAAGGAUGGAAGUAUCCCAUUGGAACGAAUCUUGAGGUUGCAAAAAUAUGAGAUGCUGACUUUAUUGAGAAUGUCUAUCGAUUUCGUACAUGCUGUCAACACCCUGCCACCAGGAUUUCUAUGGUCGUCCAAACUGAAAACAUGGCAGGUCGGAUUUGUAGGAACGUUAUCUUCCCUUCUAGGUUUAUAUCAGAUUUUUUAUAAAAGGACGUUGAAAUGA